AUGUCAAAUCAAACCUCUGUCACUGAAUUUUUCCUCCUUGGAGUGACAGACAUACAGGAACCACAACCUUUUCUCUUUGCUGUUUUUAUCACCAUCUACUUUGUCAAUAUAACUGGGAAUGGAGCCAUCCUGGCAAUCAUCAUUUCGGAUCCAAGACUCCACUCACCUAUGUAUUUCUUCCUGGGGAACCUAGCAUGUCUAGAUAGCUGCUACUCCACCGUGACAGUACCAAAGAUGCUGGAAAACUUCCUCUCCACAAGCAAAGCAAUUUCCUUCCUGGGGUGCAUAACCCAACUUCAUUUCUUCCACUUUCUGGGUACCACAGAGUCCCUGCUGCUGGCAGUGAUGGCAUUUGACCGCUUUGUGGCUAUCUGCAAACCACUUCACUAUUCUGUCAUCAUGAAUCGCCAGCUCUGUAUCCUAAUGGCUGUCGCCAUCUGGACCAUUGCUUUUCUCCACGCUCUGCUUCACUCUGUAAUGACAUCUCGUCUGAGGUUCUCUGGUUCAAAUCAGAUUCAUCAUUUCUUCUGUGAUAUUAAGCCAUUGCUGGAACUGGCCUGUGGGAACACUGAGCUCAACCUCUGGCUGCUCAAUACCGUAACAGGAACCGUCGCCUCAGUCCCCUUUUUUCUGACGUUUCUCUCCUAUUUCUACAUUAUCACGUAUCUUUUCCUCAAGACCCGUUCCUGCAGCAUGCUCCACAAAGCACUGUCGACUUGUGCCUCUCACUUCAUGGUUGUUAUUCUGUUCUAUGCUCCUGUUAUCUUCACCUACAUCCGUCCCAGCUCAGGCAGCUCUCUGGAUCAGGACCGGGUCAUUGCCGUCAUGUACAGUGUGAUCACUCCUGCUCUCAAUCCACUCAUCUACACCUUGAGAAACAAGGAAGUGAGGAGUGUGUUGAAUAGGAAGAUGAGAAGAUGGUUCAGACUUGACAAAAUAUAA